AUGAACAAAGAAGCACCGCUCUCUGUAGCCGAGCGCGACUUCAUCCUCAAUGCGCUACGCCAGAACGUGCGCCUGGACGGCCGCGAGCCCGACCAGCUGCGUCCGUUGACCGUCUCAUUUGGCGAGGAGUACGGCCAUGUGAAGGUCCAGCUGGGUAAAACCAGGGUUAGUCUGAUUGUCCGGAUCUCGUCGGAAGUCACAAAACCGCGCGAUGACCGUCCAUUUGACGGAAUCUUUACAAUUGCUCUAGAGCUCACCGCUAUGGGGUCUCCCGCCUGGGACAACGGCCGACAAGGCGACCUCGAGACCUACGUGACGAAUGUCCUCGACCGCGUCGUCCGCCAUUCGAACGCGCUGGACACGGAGUCGCUCUGCAUCCUGAAAGGCGUGAGCUGCUGGAGUGUGCGGGCGGAUGUGCACAUCACCGACUACGACGGGAACCUAAUCGACGCGGCAUGCAUCGGUGUGAUGGCCGGCCUGCAGCAUUUCCGACGCCCCGAUGCAGUGGUCAAAGAUGGCCAGGUGAUUGUCUACGGCGUGGACGAACGGGUCCCGGUGGCGCUGAACAUCACGCACAAGCCGCUCUCGGUCACCUUCCACACCUUCGACGAGGGAAACCACGUGGUGUUGGACGCAACGCGAAAGGAGGAGCAAGCGUCGGAGGCGGAUGUGAUCAUCGGAAUGAACAAUGCGGGCGAUGUGUGCUACAUGUCCAAGUUCUCCGGAUCGCCGGUGGAUGCGAUGGUGUUUGUGCGGAAGUCGGCGGUUGCGCAGGACAAGGUGAAGGAGAUCAACGGGAUUAUUGACAAGGCGCUCCAGGCGGAUCUGGCGAGACGGGCAAAGACUGGGAUGGUGGAGGAAUCGCGCGCGGAGAACGAUCGGUGA